UGUGGGGCGACGCUACUCUGCCGCCCCCAGGGUAUGGUCACCUUCCUGGUCGGCGACAACGAGGAGCGCGUCGAGCACGUGAGCAAGUGCGCCCUCUGCGUGCGGUCCGUGUUCUUUCGCACCAUGUUUGGCAUCGGCAUGAAGGAGCGCGACGCCGCCGAGGUCACGGUGCUCGAAACGGACCUCGCGAGCUUCACCGCCCUCGUCCGCUACCUCCUCACCGACCAGCUCGACCUCGGCGAGGGGGAGGGCGAGCAGGCGCGGCGCGCGCUCGUGCUGCGGCAGCUGGCGCAUAAGUACCAGGUGCCGCGCCUCGAGCUGCUCUGCGCGCAGGCGCUGCAGGAGAGCGUCGGGCCGGCGAGCGCCGUGCCGCUGCUCGAGGCGGCGCACACGACGGGCGACGGGCGGCUCCUCGCGCAUUGCCGCCGCUACGUGGCCGACCACGCCGCCGAGGUGCGGGCGAGCGGCGGCGUGGAGCAGCUGCGCGACAUGAGCGUGGCCAAGGGGCUGCUCGGCGACGCGCUCGACCAG